AUGUCGACAGUCAGUAUGCGGUUCAGUAUCUCGGCUUUCUUAACUGCUACAUCGACUGCCCUCUGUCAAUCGAUCCUCGAUCUAGGCAGUCAGCAAUGGACGCUGUCAAGCGACAACGUGACCGUGACAGGCAAAGUGCCUUCCAAUGCCCAUCUAGAUCUUUUUGAAGCUGGAGUGAUAGGCGAUCCUUUGUAUGGGGCCAAUGAUACUGCGCUACUGUGGGUACAGCGCAUGAAUUGGACAUAUUCUACAAAUAUAUCACUUAGCGUCGACAGCGAUCUGUCAGAAGAUGCUGCCACAUGGCUUGUAUUUGACGGCCUUGACACCUUCGCUUACAUUGAGCUGUGUAACCAGUCUGUUGGUAACACCGACAACCAGUUUCGGCAAUGGUACUUUGACGUUUCGGAAAUUGUGCAGUUGUGCAACACAUUGUCUGCUCUUACUCUGAGUGUAAACUUCGGCUCUGCGACAAAAAUUGCGGCGAAUCUUGCUGAGAAUGGAGAUUCUCUUGUGAACUACUUUGAUGGCGGAGUAACUGAAGAAUUCUGCUGCAAAGAAUUUAUACGAAAACAGCAAUCUGACUUUGGAUGGGACUGGGCACCGCAGCUUUCUCCAGCGGGCAUCUGGCAGCCUGCACGACUCGUCCAGCUGAGCAAUAGGGUUGAAUAUAAUGACGACAAUGACGCUUUGAUGGCUCCGAUUUACGUGCGAAAUACGCUGAUUGAUAUAUAUCGUCAAGGCCAGAUGAACAACAUUCCACCAGAACAGUCUCAGCCAUUCAUAUUUAAUGCAAGUCUUGAUUUCUUAGGAGUGCUCCCUGAGGGUUCAUUACUGCAGUUAAUUUUACACGACACACAAAAAGGAAAUGAGACAAUCCUGGCAACACCACUCGACGAAGUCUACAGUUCAAACGACACAAUCACUGGAAGCGUCACUAUCGAUCCUUCUGUGGUCUCCUUAUGGUGGCCUGUAGGGUUGGGUGAUCAGAAUCUUUACUAUGCGAUCAUUGAAGUUGUUCAUAAUGAUAAUAUCCUAGCCAAGGUCGACAAAAGAGUGGGCUUCCGGACUAUAGUCUUAAAUAUUCUGAAUGUCACUGACAGCCAGAUUGCCAGCGGCGUGCUGCCUGGAUGUAACUGGAAUUUCGAAGUGAAUGGGAAUGAAUUCUAUGCUAAAGGAUCGAAUCUUGUUCCCCCAGAUGUCUUUUGGCCAAGGGUAAACGAAAAGAAGAUACGAAAUCUAUUCGAAACCGCUGUAAUCGGGAAUCAGAAUAUGCUCCGCAUCUGGUCUUCAGGAGCAUACCUCCCUGAUUGGAUCUAUGACAUUGCAGACGAGAUGGGCAUUUUGCUUUGGUCAGAGUUCGAAUUCUCAGACGGAGUAUAUCCAACAAAUAGGUCAUACAUUGAGCAGUAUGUAGCUGAGGCCAAUUAUCAGGUACGUCGAAUCAAUCACCACCCCAGCCUUGCUCUCUGGGUCGGCGGCAAUGAGCUUGAGGCCAUCCUACUCGCCUAUUACUUCAGUGCAACGGAGCCCGGCCGUUUGCAACGCAUGUACGAACAAAUCCAAGAAGAACUCCUCAUCCAGGCCGUAUAUGCCAAUACUCGAUCGAUCAGUUACAUUCCCUCCUCGACCUAUCAGGGAUUCCUCGAGCUCAAUUUCUCAUCCAGCAUGCCUGAGCUACCGCGUUAUGACAAUACAUCUGGUCCAAACUUUCUAUACGCGGAUACAGAUUUCUACAACUACGAUACUUACGAGGCAUUUGAUGUCAACAGCUACCCUAUUGGGCGCUUUGCUACGGAGUUUGGAUUUCAAUCGAUGCCUUCUAUAUACUCAUGGCAACAAGUUGUGCCCCAGGAUCAACUAUCUUUCUUCUCGGAUAUAGUCAUCCAUCGUAACCGUCAUUACGGAGGUGGCAACACGACGAGAGAGCAAUCGAUAUCGGGUCUCCAGCAAAUGACCACGGCGGUAGAAGCAUGGUAUCCCGUGCCAAAUAUGGCAGACCCCAUUGCCAACUUCAGUGCGUGGUGUUGGUCGACUCAAGUCUUCCAAGCCGACUACUACACAUCAGAGCUCGCUUUUUUCCGUCGCGGCGCUGGCGCAACAAACCGAAAUAUGGGAUCCUUGUACUGGCAACUGGAGGAUCUCUGGACAGCGCCUACAUGGGCAAGUAUAGAGGUAGACGGCAGAUGGAAAGUCUUGAUGUAUCGCGCCAAGGACAUCUAUCAACCGGUCGUUGGCUACUCCUUCUACAACUCAUCCACAGGGGAGUUGGAGAUUUGGGCCAUGUCGGAUCUAUGGUCGGUAGUUACAGGCAACUUGCAGUUGUCGUGGACACAUUGGAACGGCUCGACGGCCAUGUCGGUGCUUGGGAAAAAUAAGACCAAUUUCAGUAUCCCAUUCACUAUCGAAGCAAUUAAUUCCACCCUUGUCUAUCAAACCAACAUCCACAGUGAUCUUGCCUCCUACAACGAGACGGAUGAUAUCAUACGUGAUCUCGUGCUGCGAGUAGAUCUCUCCGCUAGAGGGACGCCCAACAGCGACAGGUCGUCUUCACCACAGCAGAUCCCAUACUCACACACCUCAUAUUUCCACCCAGCGACGCUCCAAGACGCGAACCUGCAAGACCCAGCAUUGACUCUCGCCUACAAGUACAAACCAGGGCACCGUGAACCGCACCAUUUCAUAGUUACAGCGACCCGAGCCGUUGCUGCCUGGGUCUGGCUGGACCACCCCCUGGGCGUCGGGGGCUAUUUCUCCGAUAACGGAUUCUGGUUGAUGAGUGGUGAGCAAAGGAUUGUUACAUUCACUGUCAAGAAUGACUGGACUUGGGGGCUGUGGACGGGCGAUGUGGUUAUCCGAACAUUAGACGGCGCCACCGACGCCAUCUAG